AUGAGGACUUCCAUUUCAGGGAAUGGCAAAAUUGUGUUUAAGGUGAGGGGUCAGGAUGAUGAGAUAAUCAACUUGUCUUGGUGUCCACAAUAUGAGGUGAUACUUAAAAAGAUCCUCAAGGUAUCACAAAAUCAUAUACAUCUAGAAAGUAAAUUAGAUAAAUUAAAAUUGAAGGAUGAUGAAGAUGAUUUAAAUGGUUCAGGGAUAUCAAAGAAUGUUCCAGAAGACACCUUUGAUGAAACCAUUGCUCAGGAAGAUGAUAUGUUUGAUAUAUACAAAGAUCAUGAAGCAGAUGAAUUUGGUCAUAAAAAGUUUUAA